AUGAAAACUGUACUGCAAGCUGGAAUGGCUAAAAAAGUUCCGGUUAAAAAGGAAGAGACAGUUAAGUUCUUUAAGAAAUUAUUAGCCUAUAGAGAAACACUUCCACAGUCUGCUAUCGAUAAGUUUAAACUCAAGUACAGCCGACCGUUUAAAACGCCUGGACCAAACAAAGUCCAUUCCGCAGCUUUCAAAAGAUUUGAUUCUCUUGCUAGUUUACUAUUGGAAAAGGUAAAAGCCACAAAUCAGUGUGCAGCGUUCAAGGGAAUACCUGAAACACUACACGCUACGAUGGUAAAUUACUCUAUCUUGAAACAGAACCCAAAAGCUACCAGCGUAUUGUAUGUAGAUAUGAAAAAAGCUUUUGAUUCAGUAUUCCACUCAGUCAUGAGGAAAACUGUGGGAGCAUUGAAUCUACCAGCUAGUAUCACAAAAUACAUCCAAGGUAUGCUAGGGUCAAGAGGUUUUACCAUAUCCAAUGUGGAUAAGACAAAAAGCAUGAAAGACAAUAGGGUAAACGUAAAGAGGGGAAUCAUGCAAGGUUGUGCAUUAGCACCCUGUCUAUUCGUCAUUGGUAUGGAUAUAAUUAGCUACCAGAUAAAUAAAGAGUCUAUGUUACCAAUAGGACAUGAGGAAGGAGAAACGGUUGCUGAUACUCCUGACUCUAAACACAUAAAAAAGAUGUCAGAAACAGCUAUGACCAAUCACAUAUCUUUCGUUGACGACAUGAAAAUCUUUGCUAUGGAUAAUGCAACAAUCAAAAGAUUCAAAGUCAUUUUUGAAUCUGUUGCCCUUCAGCUUGGUUUCUACGUAAACGCAAAGAAAUGUGGAGUCCUAUACAACAAUAAGUUAGAUAACGUAAUGUUAGAAAACAUUAGUAAAUUGACAGACUGCUACAAAUACUUAGGUAUACCUAAGUUAGGUAGAAGCAUAUGUGUAGAAACGCUAGAAAAGAGUUUGGAAAAGAAAAUACUAGGCAGUGUAUGCCAAGUGUUUAAAACCAAAUUAAAUAUAGGUCAAAAAAUAAAAUGGUUUAACUCGUCAAUAGCACCUGCAAUCGGGUAUGCAGUAGCACAUGCUUUACCAGCGGUCAAGCAAGGAAUACUACCUAGCUUGUGUAAAAGACUAGACAAGCUAGUGAUAAAGAUCCUUGCAGGUAAUAUAACUGACAGUGAACAAAUAGAAGUAAGGCAAUAG